AUGUCGCGCAGGCCAGCAAAUCCUCAGGCUGAGCGUAUUGCGCAGAACACCCAAACGAUAAAGAGUCUUUUGAAACUCGAGUGUAAUAAAGUCUGUUGCGAUUGCAAAAGGAAUAAACAUCCAAGAUGGGCAAGCUGGAAUUUGGGGGUAUUCAUGUGUAUAAGAUGUUCCGGAAUACACCGUGGCAUGGGAACUCACAUCAGCCGAGUGAAAUCCGUUGAUUUGGAUUCAUGGACAGACGAGCAGGUACAAAGCGUAUUGAAAUGGGGAAAUGCCAGAGCAAACAAAUAUUGGGAAGCAAAGUUAGCCCCAGGCCACGUACCAUCCGAAGCCAAAAUCGAGAACUUUAUCAGAACAAAAUACGAUUCGAAGCGAUGGGUUAUGGAUGGACCAAUUCCGGAUCCCUCAACUCUGGACGUCGACGGAGACGAUGAUAUACCCCUUGGACUUGUCAAGGAGAAGCACAACCUCGAGAGAUCAACAUCACAAAAGACCGCCCCACCUAGUCAAGCCCCUGCCCCGAUCAGCGCCCCUCCUCAACAGGAUCUCUUUGGUGAUGAUUUCGGACCACCUCCGAGAGCGAGUACUGCCGGUCCGGUACCUGCGAGACCUCCACCAAAGUCAGAGCCGGCUCCCCCAAAGCAAACAAAACCGGCGGAUUCCCUCUUGGGCUUGGACUUCUUCGGAACUGAGGCUGCUCCUCCUAGUCGACCAUCGAGUACCACACCUGCUCCAGGCACUCAGUCAAGACCUGAUUUGAAACAAUCGAUUCUAUCACUUUAUGCAUCCGCUCCUCGUCCUCAAGCGCAACAACAGACAUCGCAAAUUUCACAUGCAUCAUCGGGAUCUUUUGGUGGCAUGCAAGCGGCACCUCAACAAUCGCCACAGCGUUCUACAUUUGGAGGUAUGAACGAUGCAUUCAGCAGCCUAAGUUUCUCAAAUGCAACAUCUCCUCCAGCUAAGACCUCGGCUUUCUCCAACUUGGGUAACCUCUCCAGCCACCGAUCUACAGGUUCUGGAGCUCAAAUUUCUUCUCCGCCCCUUAGUGGUGGCGGAUUCUUUGAUUCAAAGCCAAAAGCAGCCGCUGCGCCUUCUCAAGUAUCUCGUACGUUCAGCUCCACAAGCGGAUUUGGAGCUUUUGACUCGGCACCAGGGCAAUCACCAGCUCCGCAGUCCACAAAUGCAAGUUCCUCAUUAGGAGAUCUAUUCGACUUCUCCACUCCUGCUGUACAAAAUGUUUCACCACCUAAACAAACACUCGCUUCGCCACCUGCUCAAUCGUCAGUCUUCAAUCUUUCAAGCCCUACGGCAACUGCACAAAAAUCUCCGCCAGCAGCACCUGCUAUGAGCAGCGCUUGGGGCAACACUGAUGCAUGGGGUUCAAGUGAUGCUUGGGGUAGCUCUGCCAAAACUAGUCCAUCACUCACAAAAGCCGCACCACCUCAAACUAACGCUGGGGAUUUUGGUAGCUGGGGAGGUCUAUCAAGUCAAAGCAUAGUACCAGGUACUGGAGGUAGUUUUAAUACAAUGGCUAGUGCUCCAAAGGUGACAGCAGAUGAUGAUUUUGGAGGGUGGAGUAGUGCGGCCCCUGCGCCGGCUUCGAAUGCGACUUCCGGAGCUGGGAAGCCUGCUGGAGGUUUCUCAUCGGGUGGUGAGGAUUUAUUCUCUAAUGUAUGGGAGUGA